CACCUAUCACACAUACACACACACACACACACACACAGAGAGAGAGAGAGAGAGAGAGAGAGAGAGAGAGAGAGAGAGAGAGAGAGAGAGAGAGAAGCUACAAUGGAAGAUGAUUGCAUUGCGCGCCAAUCGCAAGUGGAAGAUCACUGCAGACCAUCGGGUUUCGGAUGUGCAGGAACGGCAGAGGCCCACGAGGAAGAGGAGGAGGAGCUCAGAUGGGAGAUUCUCUGCAGUUUGAGGCAGAUGGAGAAAUCGACGGUUGUGAUCGAGCAGCUUAGACGCCUGGGUGGCGGUCGCAUUGCGCGCCAAGCUCAGACCUAUUUUUUCCGUUGCUGCGUUGACGACCCGGUUUCGAACCGCUACCCUCCUCCCGCCAAAUACCUCCAGAACCUUUUAAAACGUGUAAUCCUCGCCGCAGAAAGGGACGGCAUCGUUGUUCUCGAUGAGCUGUACGAUAUACACAGCAAGCUCCUGGUUUCGUCAUCGCAAAAGCGCGAGCAGCAGCGAUGGCGGCGGCAGGCGCAGCCGCAGCAGAGCUUUUGGCUAUGGCGUCAAGAGCCGGAGGCGGCGGCGGCGGCGCAGAAGCAUUCUUUGCUGGAGGAUCAGGAUGACGAAGGAUGGUGCUUCAAGACCUACGCUUAUGUAAUGACUCCCCAGCCGCUUGCUCUGCUUGCUAGUCGCCGUCAGUACCCAUCGAGAGAUGGACAAGCCUUCACUAACGAGAGGAGUUUCACACGAAAUCGCGGUCGGGACGAAGUCCGGGAUCGGGAUCGUCGACAGCUUCAAGAGGAGAUUAGAAAACAGGUCCAGAAGCAGGAACGGGUUCACGAUGAGACUCGAAGACAGGUCCGAGAUCAAGAAAUGCGCGGGGACGAGGGUAGGAAGCACGGUCCGGAUCGGGAUUGGGAGCAGGGUCGGAGUGGAGAACAGGGUCGAGAGGAGGUCUGGACACGGGCUGGGGCUGGCGGUCAGGCAGAGGAAGGUGAAGAUUGGAGUUGCAGGCGCGUAGGUCGUGGUGGUGGCUACCAGGAUCGCGAUCGGGAUGCGAGUGGGAGGCCGGUUCGUGAUGCGGACGAGACGAGACAUCGAGAUCGCGAUCCGGACGAGGCUCGUCGGGAGGAAGGUCGGGAUGGGGAUGGCCACGGCAUGGACAUCCAUGGACCCCGGGGAGGAAGUAGGGAGGGAGAGAGAGACACGCACGAGUGGGAGGAGGUUCACACAAGAGGAAGGCGCAUGAUGACGAUGCAAUCGCUCGACGAGCUUAUCGAGGGACACGUGGAGGGAGGAGAGAAGGUCCGAGAAGAGAAAAAGCGGAAAGAAGAGAGGGAGGAGAAAUCUGUCGUCCCUGUCGAUCUAGUAACCGUUCGUGUUUCUGAGAACUUGUUAGAGGGAAGCACAGGGUGUGUAGCUUGGGGUGCAGGGUUCUACCUGGCAGAAGUGGUGCUGACUUAUCCUGCAGUAUUUGCAGGGCGGACCUGCCUGGAGUUGGGAUCGGGGACUGGGCUCGUGGGAGUCUGCCUUGCCAGACUCCAGGGAAGCAAUCGUCCCCUGUAUUUGACCGAUGGGAACGAUGAAGCCUUGUGCAAUCUGUCAAUCAACCUGGCAAUCAAUGGCAUUGCCGUAGGAGGAGGAGGAGGAGGAGGAGGAGGAAAAGAAGAGGGAGGAAGAGGAAAAGAGGAGGGAGGAGGAGGAAAAGAGGGGGGAAGAGGGAGAGGUGGAGAAGCCCCAUUAGCUACGCGCUACGUAAGCAAUCUGUCAAUUGAUGGUGAUUCAAUGUCAUCAGCAGUGCAAGGAGAAGGAAUUGGAAUACGUCCAUCUGAUCAUCGGCGUCAGUCCCGUCAGCAUCGGACGGUGAUUGUCGACAAGCUCUGCUGGGAGGAUGCAGCACAGGAGCCUCGCAAGCUUGAGUCGUACGGAGCGGAUGUCAUAUUGGGAGCAGACAUUGUCUAUGAUCCUUCAGUCGUGCCCACCCUCGUGGAGGUGCUCGGUAUUUUGUUGCGAUGCAAAGGUAGAGUAUGUAUAGACCAGAGAGGAGACGAGAUAGGUGUAGGGGUAGGGACAAGUGUGUGGGGUGAUAACGCCAGCAACAGCAGCAGCAGCAGCAGCAGUAGGCAUGAGAGGAACGUUGACAUGGAAAAUGAGGACGAAAAUGAUGAGAUCGGAAGAGGCGGGAAUAGCAACGGUGGCGUGGCAAAGGGGCAGCGAAAUGAUGACGUGGCAACGAAGCAGCGGAGUGAUGACGUGUCAACGGUCCAGAGAAAUGAUGAUGUAACGAAGGAUCAGCGGAAGGAUGACGUGGCAAGCGAUUGGGGCGGCGAUCAGAAUGGAAGGGAGGCGAAGAAUGUGGAAUGCAAUAAAGAUGAUGACGUCAACGGUUGUUGGCGGCAUCCGACGACGAGACCAGUGGCCUACGUGGCAAGCACAGAGCGCAAUGAGCAGACCAUGCUCUGCUUUCUUGACGCGGUAGCGGGAUCGGGACUGGCGGUGAUGGAUGUGACAACGAGAUUAGCGCCGGACUUGUGCUUCAAGUGGGUGAGCGAUAUCGACAGGUCACGGGUUCGACUCCACAGAAUUUUUGCAGCGUAGAUUCCCGCCAAAAUAAAACCGGGGCGGGCGAGCGAUAACGACAGGUCACGGGUUCGACUCCACAGAAUUUUUACAGCGUAGAUUCCCGCCAAAAACUCCACAGAAUUUCCACAGAAUUUUUAUAGCGUAGAUUCCCGCCGAAAACUCCACAGA